AUGGCCUUAUCGUAUGCACAAACCGUGGAGCGGAUACGAAAAUGGUCUGUAAAAUACAAUGGAGGAAUAGAUCCAAUAGAUUUUGUGGAAAGCAUAGAAGAGGUAGCGGACCUUGACGACAUCAACGUGAAUUUAGUUCCCAGGAUGAUGCCCAUACUGCUUGAAGACAAAGCACUGAUGUGGUACCGCAACAACAAUAAACAAUAUUUCAAAAGAUUAGAAGACGAGGUGCGAACACGAUUGCAAAAGAAGCAAGAAAGUUUUAAAGAUUAUUUAAUAGAAAUUAAAUAUCUUAUGCGACACACAGACAUGAACCAAGAUUCGCAAUUGGAGCGAAUAUACCGAAAUAUGCGUACAGAGUACCAAAUGUACAUCAAACGUCGAGACUUUUCGAGCUUAACAGAAUUAGCAAUACUAGCAGAUGAUUUCGAAGAACUUCGCGCAGAACAGGAUAAAGUGAGUCGAGGCGGUGUUCGACAGGAAGUGAUAGUUGGUCGCAUAGAAAUUGAAUAUCCACAAACGAUGGUAUUGGAAAAUACAAUGAGAUGCGUACCUACUACGCCGAUACAGGACAAACUUAUUCCCAGUUCAAAUUCCGAGUCACCUAUCCUCAACCAGCAGAAAAGUAAUCAGCAACGCAACCAGCCGACAGCUAAGCAAGUAACAGCACGAAUCAUACAAGAUCAAGAUAUAUUUCAAAAUCAAAUGUACCAAGUAUCAACUCAGCAGAAUAUCCAACAUGUCAUGCCAUUAAGAGAAAAUCUAAAACCAUUCAAUCGGAACCAAGUCACAGAAGUUCAACAAAUGAAUCCCGAAGCAUUUAAACCAGCACAAGUUACACCAGAUCAGGAAACAUUUCAAAGUCAAACGAAGCAAGUAUCAGUACACCAAACACUGCAACGUGCCACGCCUUUCAAAGAAAACCUAAAAUCGUUCAAUCAGAAUCAGGUCAAAGUAGGUAAACUUCCAAAUGAAGUUCAAAUUCAAACGUGUGGACCACAGCAAGAUUCAAAACCCAUCCAGGAAAAUCCCAAAAUAUUUAGACAACAGCGAGUCACAUCAAACCAUGAAAUGUUACCAGUCGAAAUACAGGAACUACAAAGCCAGUUAAAACCAAGAUUUAUCAAAGAAAAUCCCGAAGUAUCUGAACAACAGCGAGUGAACCCAAUUCAGCAAAUAUUACAAGCUCAAACACAGAAAGUACAACGACAGAAAGAACCAAUCGUAAUCAAAGCGCAAAAAUACAAGAUUCAACGGCACAGAGAUCCAACUCCUGGCAAGGAAAAUUCACAGGUAGCUAAUCAACCAAGAAAAAUCAGUCCAACGAGGAAUCACCAUAUAACACAAGUUGAAAUUCAAGAUAUACAAGGAUGCGUAGAACAACAGCAAGUUCAAGAUAUUGAAACACAACAAGGUCAACGAAAGGUUACAGUAAUCGAAGAUCAUACCAGACGAGUUCGAUUGACUCAAGAAACCCCAAGUCCGACACAAUCAUUGCAACAAGUUUCAAUUAAACACGAUAGUCAACGAAAGCAAGAGUCACAAGAAGGAAAAGAUGAUUCCACACGUCCGAAGGAUAAGAUAGACAAUCCUCUGAUACAAGUACAGGAACUAAGUCUAGGAAUUCCAAAACCAUUCAGCACCCAAAAACUGCAGAAGCCGAUGAAUAACUUAGAUGUACUUCAGCAGAAGGACUAUGAUGUUGUUAGUAUACACCAAGAUAAAUUUUUCAAAAUAUUCAAGAGCCCAAAGAAACGGCACAGAAAUCAUGCAGGCAGAUAG